GUCAAUAAUUUCCCUAGCAACUUAGCAACUAAUAGUAAGGACUUAGUUGUUCGGAUAUUAUUUCCAAUAAUCAUCCAGCAUUUGGUCUUAUUAAUACAGAAGACAUUUUAAAAAAUAGACUAAACAAAUGGCAAAGAUAUCCAUGUUUCCAUUAUAGAUUUAAAUUCAUUUAAUACCAAAUGAUUUGUGAAAUUCAAUUUCAAUCAAAACCUUUCACCUCCCUAAAUCUAAAAUUUGCAUGCAUUUUUAGUUCAUUGAAAUUUAAUUUUUGUCUCUUUAAAUAAAUUAAAUUUUAAAUAAAAACUAAGUUAGUAUUAGUAGGCUUAGUUACUAAUAAUACUUUUUAUCAGGCAGCUAGGCUAUUAUAAAUUAUAUAGUUAAUUAAUUAAUUAAUUUGGUUUUGUCAUUUUCUCGACAUACUAGUGACAUACUAUAGACUAUAGACUAUAGUAAUAAAAAGUAGGCCUAUAUACAAAUAAAAUAUAGUUAAUUAAUUAAUUUAUUUGUCUUUUUAAAAUCAGAUGGGAAAACCAGGCUGCUGUUAAUUUGGAUCAUUAGAAAAUCCAUUUACGCCUAUUACUUAUUGUGGUUACAUAAUCAGAAUAAUCUCCUGAUUACCAUCCACAUGUAAAGUAAGUAGUUUAAAGUAGGCACGAAAAAGAAGGUGACUCCAAAAUACGACUUGAAACUGUCUUCAUUGAGUUCCAUUUAAGUUUCAAAUGUCAAGUUUAACAGCUCAUAUUUAUUGAAAAAAAUAAAUGAAGUAGUCUAAUUAGUUUAAUAUUUGUAGCAUAUAAUUUUAAUACAGUGGUACUCAAAAUGGGCAUUACCAUACCCUGGGCAGUAGGCCAGUAGCAUUGUCCAGGAGGGUAUUAAAAGCUUUGGGAGAUUUUACAGGACACUGGCUAAAUUUAUCAGGGAUUUCAAUAAAAAUAGAUUUGCAGUUAUUUGAAAAGAUAUAAAUCUUUUUAAAACAAAAUCUGUAUUCCUUACUCUGGUUUUAAAAUUGUCUCAUAUCGAGCACAAUAUUAGACUUUUCUUCUUUUACUAACAUACCAAAACCAUCAUUCUAAGCGAGUAGGGAAAGGGAGAUGCCAUAGCACCCAAGUAUUUUGCUAUGUGUAGUCGAAAAACUAUGUGUAUUCAGAGCAAACUUGAGGAUUUUCUUUUGAAUGAAGUUAUAGCAUAAGUAAAUAAUUGCUACAUUAAUCAGCUUAUUUUAUCAAAGCCAUAAUAUUAAAAAAUUGCAUUUGAAAUUUGAUUAAAAUCAAUGUUUAACUUCGAAAUUAACUUUUUCAAUUAUCUUUCAUAGAACGCCUGCAAUGGGAUAAAUUAUGGGAAAAGGAGGGAGGGGGGAAGCUCAGGAUGAAUAUUUGUCCUAAUGUGGCCAGGGCCAGUGUCAUGAACAAUUUUGGGAACCACUGUAAUAUAUAUUUAGCAUUACAAACAUUUAUCUCUACAGAUCAAAUGAAUAAAAUUAAAACAUAAGGACUCUUGUAGACUAGACCAGUCAAAUAUAAUUUAGCUUUUUAUUUUACUAAACAUAAUUUUUUACAGGUGUACAUGACAACUUUGGAAAUGCCUUCUUCACAAGAACAGCAGUAUCAAAGCUCUAUUCAUCAACCUAAGGAAUAUGGCAAACUCCCCAAAUAUGGUCCACAAGUAUACAACAAACCAGAGAAAGUGGAUGAUAUGUAUUGUCUCUUAGGAACUGGAUUUAAUGAUACAGUAAGUGUUUUUUUCUGAUUAUUUUAUAUAUCAUAUUUCUGUCAUAUGAUUUUUUUCCCUACAAGAAAAUGUUCCACAUAGAUGAGUCUGCACAUGAAUAUUCUCCACAUAUUUUCUAUUUGCUUCAAGUGCAUCAGAAAAAAAAAAAAAAAAGGGGGGGGGGGUAUACAACUCAAAUAAAAAUUAAUUCCCACGCACACUUCAUUGAAAUACACUUUUUUAAAUUUAAAAUAGUGGAACUUCUAUGAUAUUUGAACUAUAUGUUUUGUGUGGAAUUUUCUUGUAGUGGUAAGUAAUAAUUCAUUCACCGAUAUUUUAUAGUAAGAGACAAUCAUUGCCUACUGAUCACUGAUGGUACAGUGGCUGUUAUAAUUUUUAAAAUUCCAUGAAAUAGCACAACUAUUGGGUUCUUAUUCAUUUACUUAAAUUAUUGUCAAUAUUUCCUUAAAUUAAACUAGUCAAGAAUUUUUUUUGAGAUUGCCAUAAAUUUCAUCUGUUUCUAUAAUUUUCCAUGUUAAAAUGUGUUUGAAUGAAUGUUGACUGCAUAGGCACAUAUUAAAUCCGAUAUUAAAUCUGAUUUUAUUUUAUUUCCAGGCAGACAUACAAAAACGAAUUCAAAAAGUUCUUGGUCCCUUGUCUUUAUUUGCACCAUUCAGUAAUGAAGAUGGUGAGUUUUGGGAAUUAUUUUGUCUUUCUUUUAUACUAACGGUAAUUAAUGCAUUUGUUUACUGACUAAAAUAAUUGAUUUUUAUAGUUGACUGAUCCAUCCAUUUAUCUAUUCCACAGUGCCAGUUGUCCCUUCUUUAGAACUAGAGAGACCUGUAACACCUAUAGAUGUAAGGGGAAAACUUCUAGUUCCAUAUUCUAAAUAACACGUAACUUUUCACAACUAAAUAUUCUUCCAAAAUUUUUGCUAUUUAACACAAAUAAAUCAGUAGCUGAUGAGAGAUCCUGUUUUUUUCUUACAAUAAAUCAUGGAUUUUUCUCAUUUAAGGAGGAAAUAAAAAUUCUGCCAUCUACAAUGGAUAAGAUGGCUUCUUAUGUUCGUAGAAGAAUUACCCCUAAAGCAGAUGUGCCAUACUUGUCCACAGAGGAUCAAAAGAAUCUGGUAUAUAGAAAUAGUUUCCUUAAGUUAUAAGAUAGUUAUUUGUUGAAAAUACUAAACUAAGAAUGUGAUUUAAUGUUUUCAAGUAAAGAUGUAAUUAUGAUCCAUAUUCUUUUACAAAUGAAAUUUAGAUUUACUAUAAGAUAAUUAAAAAGAUGAAGUUGUAUCUAUCAUUAAAAAUAUACAAAAUUUGAAUUCUCUUCAGUAGACAAUGAGCAAGUGAUACUAGUCUAGUUAUGAGCUGAACCAAAGUGUCUAUUAGAACCAACCUUAUUGACUGGUGGAUCCCUUUGUAGAAUCAAUUUCUAUGUGGGAGACACCAAGGCCUACAAUUAUGUGUGAGCCACCUGGGCCUACACAGUGUGUUAGCCACCUAGGCCUACAUUAUGUGUCAGCCACCUGGGCAAUGUGGGAGCCACCUAGGCCUACACUAUGUGGGAGCCACCUAGGCCUAAACCAUUUGUCAUUUGGGAGCCGCCUAGACCUAUGCCUACACUAAGUGGGAUUCACCUAGUCUACCAACCUACCUUCCUACCAACCUACCAACCUGUCUAAGUCUAUGUGACAUUUUUAUACGUUUUUGUUUUUCUUUUUUUGUUGUACAUAGGCUGCGAUUAUUGUAGGGGAGGUAAAUGCUAUCUGGCCUGACAUCCGACAUCAGAUUGAUGACCCCUUUUUGGUAAUUUAAAACAAUUUAUUUUAAUAUAAAUAAUAAUAAUCAUUGUUACUGACUUUCUUCGUGUCUUUGAAUUUUAUAUAUUCACCAUCAUCCCCCCUUCACUAUCAUUUGAUUUCCACUAUGACCGUCAUUGGAGGUGCGUGCCCCCUACCCCCCACUUUUUUUUGUUCAUCUUACCCUACCCUUGAGUCUACCCUGCUCUUACUUCUUACUUUAUGUUUCACACCUUCAUCAAAUUUGUACUUUUACUGUCAGAGUCCAGAGGACAACAAGGAGUUAAACAGACGUAUCGCUGUGCACAUUGUCACAGUCUGUCAACAGAUCUUCAGUCAUUAUCUUUCUAAAGCUCAAGGCAAGUAUCACAUUGUCACAGUCUGACAAGUAUUUAAAUUUAAAAUUGUUAAAAAUCCAUUUCCUUUAACACUUUAAAUUUGCUGUUUUUUUGCCCGUUGACUUGACAAGGACCACAUUGACUACACUGGUUAUUCAAUGGCUGCUUAUGCUAUUUCUGUCUGUGAGAGCUCAGAUCUGUCUGUGGGAGCUUAGAUUUGCCUCUGGGAGCUUAGAUAUGUUGGUUGGAGCUCAGAUCUGUCUGUGGGAGCAUAGAUCUGUGUGUGGGAGCUUAGAUGACUAAAUUUGUCAUUUUUUUCAAAUUAAAUCAUUUUGUGCCAUGGUUGCCAUGGGUGUCCAAAAAUAAAUAAUAAUUUGUGAUAUCAUUGAGAGCUCUCCUGUCAGUGAGGUAUUCUUUUGAACAAAAAAAAUUAUCUUGAUGCCAAGUUGGAUUAAUUAUAGGCUGUGGAUUUUAGGUGUAACAUAGUUUCAUGCCCAGAUAUCAGAAGUACUUAUUAGAUAAUGCAUGUAUGACUAGCUAUUAUACCUAUAGCUAUAUAGAUAUUGCAUGUGCACUAAACAUACAAAACAAUAAUUAAUGUGUAUUGGCUUUGACAGCCUUAUCAAAGUGAGAAAAAUAAGGGAAUUGAUUCUAUUAAAUCUCCCACUGCCGUAUUGAAGCCAAUUUAAUUCUAGUUUUUUAUAAUUUAUAGUACUGAAUAGCCGUGGUGUCUUCAGUGGACCAGCGAAUAUGAGUCGGCUUAAGGCACAACUUGCAUUGGAAACAAGUGAAUUGUAAGUUUUAACAUCAUUAGAGACAUGGCAAAUGUAUGUUUUAUUAUCAUUAGAGACAUGGAAACUGUAAGUUUUACCAAACAUGGAACAUAUCAUUGCAUUAUGCUCUGCUCAACAGCUGCACAAAAUAAAAUUCCCAAUAGCUGCACUAAAUGAAAAGUACAGCAAGUGCAUUUGGUGCGUAGUAUUUUUUUUUGUUUUAGGAAAUAGUCUCAAUUAAAAUAUGAUGUAAUAAAUCUGGAUGUUAAAGGGGGUGGGACAUUAAAACAGUAAAAAAGUGUGCUGUAGCAUUCCUGGGGAGGGGGGGGUGCAUCAUCCCUGGGGUGCUUUCAAAUUUUUGUAUUUUCCCUCAGAUAGACCAAGAUACACUACAGGAUGGGUGGAUGCAUUUUUAUGGGGAAAGCUAUAUCUCAAUUGAUUUAUAAAUAUAGAUAGUUUUAAAACUAAUGAAAUAAUGUUUUUAACCUUCUUCCCAAAACAUAUUCCUAGGGAAGGAAAGGAGGUGUGUACAUGUUUAUGUGGAUGACUAUGUCAUUAAAUCCUAUGAUAUUGCAGUAGGGAAAAACAGGUUUUAGAUUUCCUUUAAAAAUCCAUAAAUAUGUGUUAUGUAGGAAAAUACAGUUUAAAGGGCAUUGACACAUUGUGGGUACAUUUAUAUUAGUGUGUCCACCAUUGACACAUUGUGGGCACAUUUCCAUAAGUGUAUCCACCAUUGACACAUUGUGGGCACAUUUCCAUAAGUGUGUCCAUUGUUGACACAUUGUGGGCACAUUUCCAUAAGUGCACCCAUACCUCAAUGAAGUUGAGAAGUAGAAAAGAUUUUCUGAGAAACUAAGAACAUCAAGAUUUUUCCAUAGAUGCAGUUCAGGGGGAGGGGAUAAAGGGUGGGCACUUAUAUGAUCACAAUAUUUUUGUAAACAUCUUGUCAAAAUACAUUUUGAAGUGUGAAAAAAAGAGGGGGAACAUUUUUUAUGUGGAUAACAAUAUAUCAAAAGCCAAUUAUUUUACAGACGUAAGAAUUUAAUCUUUAAAAAUAGAUACUACAUAUUUUUCUUUCCCAAAUAUGCAUUUCAGGGACAUGUACAAAUAGGGCUAAAUUUUCUUUAAAAAUAAGAAUAAUUAUUUUUUUUACAUUUUGCACAAAAUUUAGUUUAGGUUCAUAGUAAGGGUGGGUAAAUUUUUAUGAGGUUAAGAAUAUUUCUAAAAAAGACAAGACUGUUACAGACUUGAUGAUUGGUUAAGAGAUUCUUCUAUAAAUAUAAGAAUUUAGUUCUUUUUCAAUUUUCCAAACAUAUAUUUCAGGAGUGAGGCUUAAGGGUUGGUAAAUUUUCAAUGAAGAUACCAAUAUAUCAAACUUCAUUUAUUUUACAUAUCUUUAAACUGGGUUAAUUUGUACAAUUUUCAGAAAUAUUAUUUUUUUAUAUUUCAGGGGCACAAAAGGGGUUGGGUAGGCCUAUAUUAUAUAGAAGAUACAAAUGUAUAAAAACCUAAUGCUGUUGAAUACAUUAAAAUUUAUACAUAGAUACAUCUUUAAUAUAAGGAAAGGAAAAUUCACCAUUUCCUAAAUAUAUAUUUUAAGAGCAUAGAAAAUUGUAUUUUUUUUUUUUUUUUUUGAGGAUACAAAAUAUCAAAUCCCGAUUCAAUUACACAGGUAAAAAUUGGGCUUUUAUAUGAUGAUAAUUCAUAACAGAAGGUAGAAAGUAGCGCAAUAUGGCUUCCAUUAUUACACAGUAACAUAUCUUAUCAUAUUAGAACAAAUUUCCAUCUCAUAUUUCAGACUCAACAUCUUGAAGAUCCGACGGUAUAUUGUGAAUGAUAUUAAAACUUCUAGUCCUAGUAGGACUGUGGAAAGAGAUGGUUCUGUCACUUUGUCACCACAAAAACCUGUUACAUCAGCAAAAAAACUGACCUAUCAGGCAAUGGUACAUGACAAAGCAGUUUUGUAUAGAUGUUGUCAUAAAGUUUUGCGUAAUUAAAACUCAUUCAAAUGACAUAUGUUACAUUGGUAUGACUUAUCAAUUUCAUCUAGAUGUCAUCCCUUUUAGCCCAUAAGACUUUUUAAAAGUGUCCAAAUUAUGUGACACCAUUUUCAGUUAGUUAAUUUCCUUAAAUGAACAGUAAAGGUCACAAGUAAAUGUGACAGGUAAAGGCCGCAAGUAAAGUUGACAUGUAAAUGUGACAGGUAAAUGUGACAGGUAAAGGUGACAGUUAAAUGUGACAGGUAAUGGUGACAAGUAAAGGUGACAGGUAAAGGCAACAAGUAAAAGUGAAAAGUAAAGGUGACAGAUAAAGGUGACAGGUAAAGGUGACAGUUAAAGGUUUAUUAAUUCUUUCUGUUGUUCUUUCCUUUAAUCUGUAGUAAAUCCUUGAUAUUGUUGAUUAUUGACAUUGUUGAUCUUGUGAAUAUCGUUGAUAUGAUUUGAUGUUGUCACAGUUGGAGAUGAGUCGGCCCAAGUCUAGACAUCAAUUUCCUGGACUCAACUCUGUGGAUCAAGCACUAAAAGAAGUAAAUAUAACAGUAUCUUGUUUAGUUAUCCAAUCCACUGGAUUUAUUGUCAGAACUCACUGCAUAAAACAUGAUAAAUAUUUUAAAAAAGUAAAUUUUUAUCUGUUGUCAUAUUAAAGUUAUAUCAUUUUGACAUGUUGUCACAUUAACAUUUUAAUAUUAUGACAUGUCUAAAACACAUUACUUCUACAGUGGGGAUCAUAACCUAACAUUAUCAAUGCUUAUCUUAAAUUCAUGUUAUCUUAACUUUUCCCUUAUGUAAAAUGUUCCUGAGAAGUUCCCUGAUGUAAAUGGUUGGUCAAAAGUUCUCUGAUGUAAACGGUUGCUAAGUUCCCUCAUGUAAAUUGUUCCUAAGUACCCUGGUGUAAACGGUUUUAUUUUGCAAAUCAUUCCUCCAGAUGAAGGAGAGUAUGCCUGUUUUGGACAAGAGUCACUUGAUGAAUCUUAUUGCAGAACUCCCAGAGAGGGACUUGCACACACCUGAAGAACAAGGUUCGUAGGCAAAGGUCAAAGGUCAUUGUCUAAGCUGUUCUUUGGAAGAAGUGGAUGAUAGGGUUCAGGGAGUGAGGGGGCUUGCUAUGAGGCUAAGUAAAAGGAAAUAAAAAGCGCAAUGAAGGGGAAAAUCUGGGAAAAAAAAAAACCAUGGACUUGUCGUUAAAAAGCCUUUUCAGAGAAAAUAAAUAAGUGAACAACAAAAUAAACUAAUAAUAACUUAUCUGAUGCUGUGGUGUGUUAAGAAAAAUAUGGGAAAAGGUCACGUUCAAUGGUUUUUCCCUCUUUUCCAGAUUUUCCCAUACCUUGCGCUACUUAUUUUCCCUACCUUGUGCUACUUAUCUCCACUAUCUUGUGCUACUUAUCUCCACUGCCUUGUGCUACUUAUUUUCCCUACCUCCUGCUACUUAUCUCCACUACCUUGUGCUACUUAUUUCCUUGAAAGUGGAAACUAUGGGGAGAAAAGAGAGAAUUAAAAUUAUAAAAGAGUUUAAACCAUCAAAUGUUAGCAUAAGGUCACUCACCAAUUCAUUAUUUUACCUUCCAGGAGUUUCCACACGGACAUUUCAUGGCUCCAAAGUCAGUUCACUACUUUUUGGGUGAGAUAUUAUUAUUUUAUUCACCAUACAAAGUAAUAAUUAUUCAUAAAUAUUUUGCUAUACUCAAAUUCAAUGGUCAUUUUUUUUUUUAAAUUUAAAAACAUUAUCUACAUGUUUGUAAUGUAAAAAAUUAUCGACAUGUUUGUAUAAUUGAUUGUUUGUAUAAUUUACUUUUUGUGUAGUUAAUUGUUUGUAUGACUUAUUGUUUGUGUAGUUGACUGUCUUUAUGACCUGAUUGUUUGCUUUAAAUGUAGGGUCUCAAAAGAAGAUGUGUCAAAGAAAAAGAUAAUUUACAGAGUGAGUAAAAUUAUGUUUUUAAUUUAAUAUUUUUAAUGUUCAUAUUUCUUCAUGUUCAUAUAUAUUCUUAGCACUAAUUUGUUUCAUUUUAUAGCAUGAAUAGUUAGAAAUCAAAGUUUUACGAAUUUGCAUUCUUUGUUAUACAAUUUUUUCAUCUAUAAAAUUAUCUUUUUUCUGGAUUACAUUUUUUGGGGUGUUUUUUUAAAUAUUUUGUAUUAUUUAUAUUUUUAAUUAUUUUUAUUUUUUAAAUGAAUCCUUUUUGCAAUUUUUCUUUUAUUAGCAAAUUAUUUGUUAGAAAUCCAUGUUACGCUAGCUAGAUUUUUCAACAGGCAUUUCCUAUCUGCCAUCUUUUUUUUUAUUAGAUUUCUUUUGUUUUCAAAUAUUUACCCAAAUGGCAUAAUAAUUAUACAGUUUAAGAAAAAUGUUUACAUCUCAAAUAAUUACUUUUUGGAGAGUGAAACAAAAUCACUGAUCAGAUAAUUAAUUUUUUGAGAGUGAAACAAAAUCACUGAUCAGAUAAUUAAUUUUUUGAGAGUGAAACAAAAUCACUGAUUGAAUAAUAACUUUUUGGAUGAUGAAACAAAUCACUGAUUAAAUAAUUACUUUUGGAGAGUGAAACAAAAUCACUGAUUAGAUAAUUACUUUUUGGAGAGUGAAACAAAAUCACUGAUCAGAUAAUUAAUUUUUUGAGAGUGAAACAAAAUCACUGAUUGAAUAAUAACUUUUUGGAGUAUGAAACAAAUCACUGAUUAAAUAAUUACUAUUGGAGAGUGAAACAAAAUCACUGAUUAAAUAACCUCCCAUUUCACACAUGAAGUUGAGAAAUAUUUCAUACUGUUGUACUUACAUUUAAAGGAUGACAAGAAAUUAUUGGAUAAUAAACCAUUAAUGGUUGUAGAAAUAAAAACUAUGCAGGUAAGUGUACAAUGAUAUGCUGCUUUUUCAAGGUUUCUCUUUGUGUGAUGACACUUAAUGAUGUGAAGAAUCAAGCUAACAAAUAUUUAGCUUGGUCUUUUAAGCAAGCUACAUAACAAUUAUUGAGUUUGGUUACAAUAAGCAAGCUACUUAAAAUUAUAACAAUUACUUAGUUUGUUUACAAAGCAAUUUACAUAAAAAUAUAACAAUUAUUGAGUUUGGUUUCAUUAAGAAAGUUACAUACCAAUAUAACAAUUAUUGAGUUUGGUUAAGUCCCAUAAAAAUAUUUUUUUCACUCAUUUUAUUACAUACUUAUUUAAAAAAAAAAGAUUUUGCUUCUUUAUUGAUGUGUUAUAUUUCCCUAAAUUUAUCCUCUAUUUUAUCUUCACGGAUUGAAUUAUAAUCUUUAUCCAGAAAUUUAUAUGACAGAAAAUUAUUUGCUGGAAAUUUCAUCAAAGAACCCCUCAAUGUUUUUAUUUAUAAAUACAAUUAUAUUUUCUGCUGUGCCGAGUUUUAAGUAAUAUAUAUAUAUAAAAUUAUAUAUAUGAUAAUUUAUAAUAAAUAUGCACAUUGAAAAAAAAUAUUUAUAAUUUAGCAACAUGUCAGUACUUUGCAUUUGAUCUAAAAUAUUAUAGAAUACAACAUUACCUAAUGCAAAACACUUCUUUUUUUUAUUUUAGCGAUGCCAUUCUCAACCCCUACUUUUUCUAGGAGAAAGUCUGAUGGAAGAGCUGGGUAUAGACAUAAGUGUGAGGCAAGAUAAACUGAUUGAACAAGAGCUGGCAUAUCUGCAGAGAGAAAGACUGAACAAUGCCAAAGUAAGUUCUGUUAUAUUUCAGAACUUAAAGUUAUCUACUAAUGGGUCGCUAUUAAAUGGGGAUGAAAGGUUGUAUACAAAAAUUCACUGGAACUAGGAAUAUUUAAAUUUUUGUAAUUUCAAGCAAACUAGCUUAUUUUCAUGAGUCUGUUGAGACUAAUUCUGAAAUGCAGUGGCUUGUGGCAAUAGUACAGCUGGGGUUAAAUGAUGGGCAACAAAAAGGCUACUUUUGUUUGAAUUUACUGUGUUUUAAUUUACAUAUGAUAAAAUUGAUAUAGACAUCAUAUGAGAUUGUGUUUCAUUCCACUUUGAAGUCAAGUAGGAAGGGUUUUUUGUAAUGCUGUAUAUUUUUUCCAAAAAAUAAGAUUGUCAAAAUCACAAUAAAGAAUAAAUAAGAACCGUUUGGUACUUGAAUAUUUAGUAAGAUAUACUCAUAUAUCUAUUAUUAAGUAUAAUGGCAAUGGUGACCAUCAUUUACCCUACUAGAGUUUUAUUUAAGAUUUUCGUCUAGUUUGAUCAAAAUAAUAAUUAAUUAUGAUCUGAUGAAUUUACUGAAGUGUUUGUCCUUUAUAAAAAUAAAUACUUGGAUACAAAUUGAACACACAUACUUAUAUUUUAUUUAAAUAACAGGAGGGCAGGUUGAACAAUUUUGGAGUCUGAAAAUAAAUACUUUUUUUUUACUUAGAAAAACUUUGUAAAGAAAGUUUUGUGAGCUAUACACAAUAUUACGAUGUGUUGAUUAUCAGGUAAAACUAAACUCACAAAUAACCAGCCAACUUGGCAGCAGUCUCAGUCGAGAUUUCAUUGAAGAUGACCUGAACAAACUGACACAACAGCAGCAGGAUCAACUGCCAGAUGAGGAUGAUGACUUACCUCCUUUGAUUCAAGUAAGAAUUUUGAAAUAAAUAUAGAAACUGAUAAUGUACAGAAAUUUAAAAGUAGAAGCAUGAAAACUGCUAAUAUUUUAAAAGUUACCUGUUUUACAAUUAUUUGUUUACAUAACAAUUUUCAAAAAGAGGAUAAAGGAAAUAAAAUAUUUAUUAUGUUAAAAAAACUGUGCAACAAUGAUCAAUUUUAAAAAAACUGUCUAACAAUCAUAUCUUAUUUAAGUUAGUUUCAUAAACUUUAUUGCUAUGAAUUGAAUGUUUUGAGAUUAAAAAAUCUUUAAUUUUUUAAUAAUUUAUAUUAUACCUUACUUAAAAAGUUAUGGCAUUAAAAGCAUUUGAGGUUGAAUGCACUGACAGAAGAUUCAUGGGUUAACAAAAGAUUCAUGGGUUAGCAUUACAUUGAUAUGGAAAAUGUUACUGCCAGCGCUUGAACUUUAUUGAGAGAUGAUUUUUUUUUCUAAAACGUAGGCCAUAACUCGACAUGCCAAACAUGAUGAUUUGAAGAUCAGGAUGGACACACAGAUGAAAGAACUGGAAGACAGGCAGAAACUGAGAGAAGAACAAGAAUGGUAAUAUCUCUAUUUCUACUGGAAGAUUAAUUGUUCACAAUAGUUUGCAUUCACUUUACUGUUACCCAUGAAUAUUCACAAUAGUUUUUAUUGAUCUUACAUCUUGUUAUCAUGUUAACAUAAUGAGUCUGCAAAAAUAUUCACUACUUAACUAGUAUGCCAGAUUUUUCUCUAUUCACAGUGUUUAAAUAUUUCACAAUUCAUGUAAUUCAGUGUUCCCAGUUUUAGCAUACUUUACUAUUCACAUAACAUAUUUCACUAUUCACGCACAUGAACCUAUUUCACUCUUCACAGUGUAUAUGUUCGAGACCCAACUUACCCACAACCAGACACAGUGAACGCACGCUUUGGGACAGCUGUAAGCUCACUGCUUCUUUUAUGUUAAACAUUUGCUUAGUAAUUACCUAUUUCAACAGCUUCAUCUGUCAACUUCAUUAUCACUUGGCCUUUUUGUACCUCACUUCUGCAUCUUAGAAACAUAACACCCGUUAUAAGUUAAAUAUCAACAAUAAAAAAUUUCAAUACAAAAAAAAACCAGAAGAUGCUUUACUAUAUGGCGGUAAACAACUUUUCUUUCCUGGCUGCAGAUUUUUGUUUUUGAUAUUCUGUGGCCCUGUGAGUAUACAGCUGUAAAACAUUUGGUUUUCUAAUGUUAUUUUAUUGACAACACCUUGCUGGUUCAGUGUUGCAAAUGUCUCUCUUGAUAUAGUUUCUUCAUUUAAGAAUUUAAAACUAUAUAUUACCACACAAAAGUUCACUUGUCAUAGUUAAAAAACUAUAUAUUAACACACAAAUAGUACUCACUUGUCAUAGUUAUAAAACGAUAUGUUACCAAACAUAUAUUUCAUCUGGAGGUGUAAUAAAAGAAUAAACAUUAUGUGCAUUUCAUUUCUUUGUAAUCCCUCAUUACAUUCAUUGAUGAUCAAUGGCCACACCAUCAACUAGAGAGAUAACAAUUAGAGGAAACGGACUAAACCACAUACAAGCUACUUCAUAUCUUUCUAUUCUUUCACAUACAAGCCACCUCAUCUCACUCUAUUUGAUCACAUACAAGCUACUUCAUCCUAUCACAUACAAGCUACUUCAUCUCAUUCUAUUCUAUCACAUACAAGCUAUGUUAUCUCAUUCUAUUCUACGACAAGCUACUUCAUCUCAUUCUAUUCUAUCACAUAUAAGCUGCUUCAUCUCAAUCUAUUCUAGAUGACUUGUUGUUGAUAUGUUUUUGUUCUCUAAAUAUUUCUUAGAUAUCACUGAGAUUUUUACAUAGAAGUCUUAAAGGAUAAUGUAGUAGAGACUGUGCUAUAAGCAGACUUACACAGUUUAAAGAAUAAUAUAGUAGAGACUGUGCUACAAGCAGACUUACACAGUUUAAAGAAUAAUAUAGUACAAAGUGCUUUCCAGCUGUGUCAAAGAUAUAUUAAUAAAAUUGUAUUGCUGAAUGGCUUCAUCUGUAAAAUUUAGCUGCAGUUGAAAAAAUUUUUUACCAACAUUUUAUUCCUACAUGUGGGCGAUUUAUAUUUAUUUAUUUAUUUAUGUAUCUCAUUUCUUUUGGGAAUCCUAUUUAAAAUAUCUGUAACCCAUAAAACUAUAGAUAUAAGUUAAUCUGAAUUUAAAUAGCUUGUUAACUUCUGGUCUGAACAGGGCAUAGUAAGGACCUCUGACAUACGGGUGUCUGAGAGAGUCUGUAUGUCAUCAAUCACCCUGAAGAAACAUGCAACGGUCUACAAUGACCUGCUGGAAGAGGUGAGAACAUUUGGUCCAUGUACUUGAAGUAACACAGGAAAAUAUGGAGUUAUGCAUCACUGAUUUCUAGUGCUAGAACAUGUAGUUAUGGCUGAUUACAUCUUGUUCUUUGCUAUUUCAAUACUAUUUAAUAUACUCUAAAAAAGUGCUGUCCAGGGUGGAUUCAAAUGGCCUAUCACAGCUCCUGUGAAGACUUUACAAAUGGGGUAAAAAAUAAUGCAUGUUAGCAUUGUUCAAGGUCUCGGGGGGUGGGGGGGUGGGGGGAAGGGGGGGGGGCUCUAUUCAAGUGACUUGAAAUUUAGGAGUAGUUAAUGUUCUGCACAUCAGCAGAGUUACUGUUCUUUGAUUGUGGAAAUGUCUCAGUAAACAAGGGUUUAAAAGUUGGUUCAUUUCAAUUUUUGUGCAGAUAAAUGGGGGGGGGGGGGGGGGGGGGGGGGGGGGGGGGGGGCUCUAUUCAAGUGACUUGAAAUUUAGGAGUAGUUAAUGUUCUGCACAUCAGCAGAGUUACUGUUCUUUGAUUGUGGAAAUGUCUCAGUAAACAAGGGUUUAAAAGUUGGUUCACUUCAAUUUUUGUGCAGAUAAAGAAAAUGUACAUGCAGUAGUGAGUCAUUUUUCAGAACUGAUUUUGCCGGGGAUGUUUCCUGGUGUUUGUAAGCAAAUGAGCCAUGCCAAUGAGCCAUGCCAAUGAGCCAUGCCAAUGAACCAUGCCAAUGAUACAUGCCAAUGAUACAUGCCAAUGAUACAUGCCAAUGAUACAUGCCAAUGAGCCAUGCCAAUGAUACAUGCCAAUGAGCCAUGCCAAUGAUACAUGCCAAUGAUACAUGCCAAUGAUACAUGCCAAUGAGCCAUGCCAAGGAGCCAUGCCAAGGAGCCAUGCCAAUGAGUCAUGCCUAUGAGCCAUGCCAAUGAGCCAUGCCAAUGAGCCAUGCCAAUGAGCCGAGCCAAUGAUACACAUUAUGCUCAUUGCAAAUGAUAAUACUUUUUUAGCUAUACAAACAGAAAAACAGAUAAAAUAACUAUGCACAUCUUUUUCAUAAAAAUUAUUCAACAUUCAAAUUGAUGUUAGCAGUUAUUCAACAUUCAAAUUGAUGUUAACAGUUAUUCAACAUUCAAAUUGAUGUUAACAGUUAUUCAACAUUCAGAUUGAUGUUAACAAUUAUUCAACAUUCAGAUUGAUGUUAACAAUUAUUCAACAUUCAAAUUAUAUUAACAAUUAUUCAACAUUCAAAUUAUGUUAACAAUUAUUCAACAUUGAAAUUGUGUUAACAAUUAUUCAACAUUGAAAUUGUGUUAACAAUUAUUCAACAUUCAGAUUGAUGUUAACAAUUAUUCAACAUUCAGAUUGAUGUUAACAAUUAUUCAACAUUCAGAUUGAUGUUAACAAUUAUUCAACAUUCAGAUUGAUGUUAACAAUUAUUCAACAUUCAGAUUGAUGUUAACAAUUAUUCAACAUUCAGAUUGAUGCCUCAACUGUCAAAAACCUGGACAAGAAUCUUUUCCUUAGUUCUGAGAUACAAGAGGUGUAUGAGGAAAUUAUGAAGACAGUGCCAGCCUCACAUAUGGAACUAGAUGAUGUAUGUGAUACGUUUGAAUACAUUUCUAAGUUUUAAAAUAAGAUGAUUGUAUCUUUCAUGAAUUGCUGGGCCAGCAUCCAUUUAACUCAUUUAACUUGGUUUCUAAUAAUCCUUUUCAAUUGAUGAUAAAAAUUAACUACUUUCAAGAAAACUAAUGUAAAUAUAUUUAAAAAAAAAUAUUUUAAAGAUUUUUAGUUGCAUAAGAUAUAUAACGACCAAAUAAAUUUCUGCUGAUUAGAGUAAACUGACUUAUCUACUUGUUGUUUUCUCUUGUAUUUUCUUUUCACUUUACAGUUGAGUUACAAGGUAAUAAUACGUUCAGAAUUAUUAUCAUUAUUUUUUUCCUACUUUUUUCUCUGCAUUAUUUUUUUUUGUAUUUUUUGUAUUUGAAUUAUUAUAAAAAGACUUUGAAAAUAAAUAUUUUGCUUGUAAUAAGAAUUAAAUUAUAUUUUUCAUUACUAAUCUUUAUAGGUUUCAAUUAAACAAAUAUUUCUGCAAUUGCACUUUGGUUAUGAAGCUCAAAUUAUUGUUUUUUUCCUCACAAGUAUUUUUUGCAUCUUUCUUAGUUCAUUUCCAAAUUAUUGCUCUUAAAUUUUGCUCUAUGUAGUUUAGAUCAAAUCAAAUUUUGUACAACACAAAUAAAACUAACUUUAUACAAAACAAAUAAAACUAAAUUUCUGCAACACAAAUAAAACUAACUUUUUACAAAACAAAUAAAACUAAAUUUCUGCAACAGAAAUAAAACUUACUUUAUACAAAACAAAUAAAACUAACUUUCUGCAACACAAAUAAAACUAACUUUCUGCAACACAAAUAAAACUAACUUCUGCAACACAAAUUAAACUAACUUUAUACAAAACAAAUAAAACUAACUUUAUACAAAACAAAAAUAACUAACUUUAUAUAAAACAAAUAAAACUAACUUUCUGCAACACAAAUAAAACUUACUUUAUGUGAACACAAUGAUUUAGUUUUAUGCUGUAAUAAAAUGGUCGAGGGGAGAUCAUUGGUUUUUAAAUAUUUUUUGUGAAUGAACAGGUUACAAAUUAUUGAAUGAGAAUUUCUGGAAUUGAGGGGGAUUUUUUAUAUAAUAGGUGAAAUUCUCACCUGACUUUCUAAACACAACAAUCUCAAUCCAAAAAUAUGUUUCACUGCUUGAUAUUUUAUUUUAAAAAAAGACUUGCUAACAUUUUUACAAAAAUUGGGUUGUUUCACUAUAAUUAACACAAAAUAUUUAAUAUUUUUAAUGAUAUAAUUUGUGAGCUUUUCACCUUUAUAUGUUUGAGUCUUUAUAAAAUGCUUAAAUAAUUUCUUUGUUUUGUUCAUCUGCUUACAAUACAAAUUUGAUUGAUUUGUUUAUGUUAUUCCAUAACAGGAAUGACUUAAAUAUAGUUUAAACUUGUUAGAGUUGUUAAAAGUUGUGCUAACAAACUGCACUGGUUAGUUGUGUUAACUAACAAUGCUUGUUGGGUGCUGGGUAGCUGAGGGGUCUAAACUGACUCAAUCCAAAAAGCCUUAGAAGCAGAAACAUCCCAAGCACCCCGGGUGGAUGAGACUUGUUAGCCUUGGACGGCAACUCAUCUAAGAGAAGUCAAACAAGCUUGCUUGUUAGUUGUGUUAGCAAACUAUGCUGGUUAUUUGUGAUGACAAUUUAUGCUGGUUUGUUGUGUUAAAAUGCUAUGCUGGUUUUUUGUGUUAACAUGCUAUGCUGGUUUGUUGUGUUAACAUGCUAUGCUGGUUUUCUGUGAUAACAAACUAUCCUGGUUAGUAGUAUAAUGCUUUUUAAAAAAAAUUUAGGAUGUUGUAGAGCAAAAUCCUAUUAACUAUUAGCCACUUACCUGAACAACUGAAAUCAUACAAUAAAUACAAUAACAAAACAAAGUAAAAUAUAGAAACUUUGGAAUUGUUACGUAGAUUCAGAUUUUAUGAUAUAAAAAUAGAUGACAGAUGAAAAUGAUUAUAUCAAUAGAUGACAGAUGAAAAUGAUUAUAUCAAUAGAUGACAGAUGAAAAUGAUUAUAUCAAUAGAUGACAGAUGAUUAUGAUGAAAAAGUGAGAAUCAGUCAAAUCAUUAUUUUGAUCAUUCAGGAUCCAUUAGUGUUAAAUGCACCUGAUGUGAUUAACAUCACUGGAACAACGGCAUCAUGCACACUGUCAAGGAAGGUCAUAGACAGAGUGAUCAAUCCUACUUUCAGAAAUGGCAAUGGUCCUCCCUGGGGGGAUAAUGCUAUGAGGGAUUGGGCCAAGACGUAAGUCUCUUCUUUCAGCGAAAGUUCUUUGCUGACGGAGUUGUAUUUGUUUUGUUUUGUAGAGUUAAGUUUGUACCAAACCAUUUUAGUUCAUUACCCACAAUGCAAAUGUUUAUUUGUUGAUUUGAGUUAAUGAUAUCAUUAAUACAUAAAGAAGCAAAGUUUGUCAUGUGUAGAAUGACAGUGUAGAAAACUGUUAUAAAACAAAUAAUUUAGUUCAUGACACUGAUGCAAACACUCUGAUGGAAAUUUCACUAUUUUCAAACAUUUUCAUUUUUAGACCCACCAAUCCACCUAAGAACUUUCUAGGUGAAGAUCUAUUUGCUCCUAUAGUAAGUAUCUUUGACAGUGUUGUAUCUUUGCCCCUUAUAGUAAGUAUCUUUGCUCCUAUAGUAAGUAUCUUUGACAGUGUAGUAUCUUUGUCCCUGUAGUAAGUAUCUUUGCCCCUAUAGUAAGUUUCUUUUACCCUAUAGUGCGUAUACCCAGUUUGUUAUUGGUAAAACAAUUUGAGAACCACUGAUUGUUAAUAGCAUUAUGAAAUGUGAGAACAAUUUAACAUAUUACAUAGGAACAUAAUGUAUGCACUAUUAUGAACUAUUUAAACUAACGUGUGUAAAUUGAAUGUAAUGACUACAUUUCCAGGCACCAGACAUGCCUAAAGUUCACGAAACUAUCAACCACCCAAGUCAGACAACUCAAAUGAUUUUAUCAGCCGAUGGCAUUCCAAGUUAUGUUGCUGACAAGACAUCUUCAACAUAUGCAUCCUGGCUGCACUGGUGGAAGUCAACUGUGACCAGUGAUGACUACAUGAAAUAUUUGUCCACUCUGGUCAGCAUUAUUUCAUAAAUUCUAUAGUUUAUGUCUGUUACGCACUGGCUUCUCUUGUGAGAAAGUAAUCUCCUAUUUUAAAUUUAUGGCUCGUUCAAACAGUGCCUCACAAAGGACAAUACCAUAGAUAAAUACAAUAACAAAAUUACAACACCCAAAACAGUACCAAUCACAAUUAAUAAGAUUAAAUUUAGUAAUAAUACAAUUACAAAACAAAAGAAAUAUCAUUACAAAUCAUCAACUUACAGUAUGGUAGAUCUUGUACCGGUACCGUACACAGUCAACACAGUUAGUACAAUGUGCCAAUUAAUAAUGUAGGUAAACUCUUGUUGGAGUCUUCAGAACAUUCGGCUAGGGUAGAGGAAGUAAAACUCUGUGUAGAGUCGUGAAAACUUGCUGCACACAAGUCCUCGGUAAGAUGCCCUCUGGAGGUAGACCUCUUCUUGGAGCAAAAGGAUCUUGGCGACAAGCUCAUAAAACUCGCAGUCGAAGCAGGAACUUGGCUGGAGUUGGUAAAACUAGCCUUAUUGUUCAUAAAGGAACUCUUUGAUGAGUUGUGACAAACAUCUUUGAAGUUUGUAUGGACAUCUGGAGAGCAAAAACUCUUGAAUUUUGAAAAUGUGUUUCCAGAUGUAUGAUGUCUGCUAGGGAUCUAAUUUGGGUCAAGCAAAGUUCAAGCACAGGAAAAUAGUUUACUACAUGACAAUAUCUUAAAUCCAGUGACCAGAAGGACAUGUGUUUUGUUCAUGAACAUUUUCUUACUUGUAACGCUGAACAUGAACAAUUUCUUUCUAUUUAACCUGAACUAUUUCUUUCUACUUCUACUUAACCUGAACAAUUUCUUUCUACUUCUACUUAACCUGAACUAUUUCUUUCUACUUCUACUUAACCUGAACAAUUUCUUUCUACUUCUACUAAACCUGAACAAUUUCUUUCUACUAAACCUGAACAUAAACAAUUUCUUUCUUCUAACCCUAAACAUAAACGAAGUCUUACUUCUAACAUGAAACAUAUGACAUGAUUAUUUUUUUUGAUUUUGUCACAAACCAAAAAUUAAUUGAUUUAUAUGAUUUGGAAUAUGUUUGUCUAAAGUACUAGUGAAUAGAAUUCUGAUAGUUUAUCUUUUUUAGUGAAGAGCCAUUUUAUAAAUGAUAUAUGCUAGGAAAAUAUUUAGUAAGUUCCAUGCAGCAUGGAUUGUUUAAGAGGCUUUUAUAGAUGGGUAAAAAAAGUUUAAUAAUGAAAAGAGCUGGAUUUAUUCCUUCAAAGAGCCAAAUAAUGCUCGUUGAGGUUAAAUUGACAAGAGGGGCAAAUUGUUAAGAUGACCAAAUGAAGUUAGCUUCAUAGACUAAACAAAGUAGGUCACUACUAACAAACCAAAGUAGGUCACUACUGACAAACCAAAGUAGGUCACUACUGACAAAACAAGGUAGGUUACCACUGAAAAUACAAAGUAGGUCACUACUGACAUGCCAAAGUAGGUCACUACUGACAAAACAAUGUAUGUUACCACUGACAAAACAAAGUAGGUUACCACUGACAAACAAAGUAGGUUACCACUGAAAAAACAAAGUAGGGUACGCAUAUUAAAAGAAUUAACUUUAUUUUUAAGCAAUAACAUGAAAUAAAAUCUAUAGAAACAGAUAUUGCAUGAAAUAGUUGGUGAAUAAUAAUAAUAUGAAACAAAAAUAAGAAAACUAUUUUUACACUUAAAUACAAAAGACAUUAGAACUAACAUAGCAUGAGAUAAAAGUUACUUAACUAUUGUACAAAGUGUCCUUAAUUAAUUUUGGAAAUUUUAAGGGAAAGACUAAAAGGCUAAAUUAUGACAUAGUCAAAAUGAUUGAUCCAAACAUUGACAUCUUUUGAGAACUAUUGCCAAGGAAAACAAUGUUGUCCUCCUCUAGGAAACUGAUUACAUGGGAGCAAUAUUUCAUUUCUACGACUCUGAAGAUGAAACUGAAUCAGAUGAAGAACAGGUCACCUACAAGAUGCGCAGGUCAAAGAAAACCUUGUCCAGUGGGAAAACGAAAGUUUCUCCAGAACAAAAGUGAAUUUCUUUUAUUAAACGAAUCAUUAAAAUUAUAUCAUUCAUUUUUAAACAUUUAUUUAUCCAUAGUAUAAUUAUAUAUAUAUGUAAGAAAGGAGAUUUUUUUUAAAUGCAUGGUCUCCAGAUGUGUUAGGAGUGAAACUUCUUUAAAGGAAGUGCAUAAAAGAGCAAAUAGUAACACCAGUAAAUAAUAGAUUAUAACAGUUCCAUUUCAUUCAAUUAAAUCUGACCUUGACCUUGUUGACCUCUUUAUACACACUGUAUGUUCUGUAAAAAUCUGUAUCUGACAAAGUAAAAAUUGCUCAUAUCAGUUUCUGCUCAUGUCAGUCUCUGCACAUAUCAGUCUCAGCUCAUGUCAGUCUCUGCUCAUGUCAGUCUUUGCUCAUGUCAGUCUGUGCUCAUGUCAGUUGAAACGAUGGGAACCAAUUUAUAAUUUAGAAAAUACUAUUUUUAUUAAUAUUUCAUUACAUUAGAAAACAAUUUUUUUUCAUAACUGCAAUAGAUGGAUAAAGAGCAUUUAAUUUGUGUUUAAUAAAGUCUAAAGACAGUAAUGAAAUCCAUUUCAGACAAAAACUAAAAAAGUUGGAAGAAUUGAAAUCAGUCAAGUCUGAGUAUAAGGCAGGAUUCUGGAAUCCAAACUCUGUUUUGAUGGGUGGCCUUGGUCAAGAUCCAGAUUUGACAGGUGAGUUUUUGUUUUCCCUUAAAAUUAUCAUUAGACCAGAAUGUAAUAUUUUAAAGAUAUUCCUUUAAAAUUAGUUUUUCUACAACAAAAGAAGUUCAUUGAGCAAUUGAAUCAAAUGUUAUACUAUAACUCAACAAUUGAAUCAAAUGUUAUACUAUAAUUCAACAAUUGAAUCAAAUGUUAUACUAUAAUUCAACAAUUGAAUCAAAUGUUAUACUAUAAUUCAACAAUUGAAUCAAAUGUUAUACUAUAAUUCAACAAUUGAAUCAAAUGUUAUUCUAUAAUUCAACAAUUGAAUCAAAUGUUAUACUAUAAUUCAACAAUUGAAUCAAAUGUUAUACUAUAAUUCAACAAUUGAAUCAAAUGUUAUACUAUAAUUCAACAAUUGAAUCAAAUGUUAUGCUAUAAUUCAACAAUUGAAUCCAAUGUUAUUCUAUAAUUCAACAAUUGAAUCAAAUGUUAUACUAUAAUUCAACAAUUGAAUCAAAUGUUAUACUAUAAUUCAACAAUCAAAUCAAAUUUUUUAAUGCUAUAAACCCAUCACAGAAUCAAUUUUUUGUUAUGCUAUAAACCAAUAACAGAAUUAAUUUUUGUUAUACUCUAAACUAACAAUUGAAUUAAUUUUGGUUAAGCUAUAAGCCAACAAUUAAAUCCUUUUUUUAAUGCUGUAAUGUAUAAACCACCAAUUUGUUUUGACAGAGGAAGCCAUGGAAAGAGGAGCAAAGAAAUCUGUCCAUAGUGAUACCUUACUAACAAUUCCAGAUAGAGGAAGCCAUUUCAGACCAUUGUCAGAGAAAAGGUAACUCCAUGUGAUGUAUAUAGAAAGCAUAUGCUUUAAACAUCCAUUGUGAGUCAGCUAUCAAAACAUCCAUUGUAAGUCAGGUAUCAAAACAUCCUUUGUGAGUCAGCUAUCAAAACAUCCAUUGUAAGUCAGCUAUCAAAACAUCCAUUGUGCAUCAGCUAUCAAAACAUCCAUUGUAAGUCAGGUAUCAAAACAACUAUUGUGUGUCAGCUAUCAAAAAUCCAUUGUAAGUCAGCUAUCAAAACAUCCAUUGUAAGUCAGCUAUCAAAACAUCCAUUGUGAGUCAGCUAUCAAAACAUCCAUUGUAAGUCAGGUAUCAAAACAUCCAUUGUGCGUCAGCUAUCAAAACAUCCAUUGUGAGUCAGCUAUCAAAACAUCCAUUGUGAGUCAACUAUCAAAACAUCCAUUGUAAGUCAGCUAUCAAAACAUCCAUUGUAAGUCAGCUAUCAAAACAUCCAUUGUGAGUCAGCUAUCAAAACAUCCAUUGUGCAUCAGCUAUCAAAACAUCCAUUGUAAGUCAGGUAUCAAAACAUCCAUUGUGUGUCAGCUAUCAAAACAUCCAUUGUAAGUCAGCUAUCAAAACAUCCAUUGUGAGUCAGCUAUCAAAACAUCCAUUGUAAGUCAGCUAUCAAAACAUCCAUUGUAAGUCAGCUAUCAAAACAACUAUUGUGUGUCAGCUAUCAAAAAUCCAUUGUAAGUCAGCUAUCAAAACAUCCAUUGUAAGUCAGCUAUCAAAACAUCCAUUGUAAGUCAACUAUCAAAACAUCCAUUGUGAGUCAGCUAUCAAAACAUCCAUUGUAAGUCAGCUAUCAAAACAUCCAUUGUAAGUCAGCUAUCAAAACAUUCAUUGUAAGUCAGCUAUCAAAACAUCCAUUGUAAGUCAGCUAUCAAAACAUCCAUCGUAAGUCAGCUAUCAAAAUCGUAAGUCAGCUAUCAAAACAUCCAUUGUGCAUCAGCUAUCAAAACAUCCAUUGUAAGUCAGCUAUCAAAACAUCCAUUGUAAGUCAGCUAUCAAAACAUCCAUUGUAAGUAUGCUAUCUAAGUGUGAAUAUCUCAGUCUCUGAGACAUCUCCAUUUAUUAAUUCAAUAACUGUGUCUUUGAGACAUCUCCAUUUAUAAUUAAAUAACUCUAUAUUUGAGACAUCUCCAUUUAUUAAUUUUUAUUAAUUAAAUCACUCUGUCUUUGAGACAUCUCCAUUUAUCAAUUGAAUUACUCUAUCUUUGAGACAUCUUCAUUUAUUAAUUGAAUAAAUCUGUCUUUAACCCAUUUAUUAAUUGAAUAACUCUGUCUUUGAGACAUCUCCAUUUAUCAAUUGAAUUACUCUAUCUUUGAGACAUCUUCAUUUAUUAAUUGAAUAAAUCUGUCUUUAACCCAUUUAUUAAUUGAAUAACUCUGUCUUUGAGACAUCUCCAUUUAUCAAUUGAAUUACUCUAUCUUUGAGACAUCUUCAUUUAUUAAUUGAAUAAAUCUGUCUUUAACCCAUUUAUUAAUUGAAUAACUCUGUCUUUGAGACAUGUUCAUUUAUUAAUUGAAUAACUCUUUCUUUAAGAAUCUCCAUUUAUUAAUUGAAUGACUCUGUCUUUGAGAAUCUCCAUUUAUUAAUUGAAUGAAUUUAUAUCUUCCAGACAUCUAUAUUCACGUUUAUCUAAAGCCAAAGCUGACACUUCAGAGAAAGCAAGCUCCGAGGUUUGGCAUUUUUUACAUCAUGCCAUAUUAUAAAUAAGUUUACAUUAUGCCAUAAUAUAAAUAAGUUUACAUUAUGCCAUAUUAUAACAAAGUUUACAUUAUGCCAUAUUAUAAAUAAGUUUACAUUUCCAUAUUAUAAAUAAGUUUACAUUAUGCUAUAAUUAUAAUAUGUUUUUUUAUUAUUUCAGCUUACGUAUGGCCCUAAUAGUUUGGUUUUUCUUUUACUUUGGCAUAAUAAUUAUUUCAAUGAUUUUAAAUGAACAAAAACGUACUUAAGACCAAGUAUUUAAACUGUUGUUCUAAAGUAAAUUUUCAUUCAAUUUCUGUUAUUAUCUAUUGUGCUCCAUCUUUAUCUCUAAUCCAAGCAGAGAGAAAUGCAAAAUCUAUUUAUGGCGAUGAAACAUUUUUUUUUCAUUCUAAAUAUCUCUAGGCCAAUAAUGAAGUGAAACAACAAGCAGACUCUCAAGACCGUCUAGAAAAUGUUUGGCAGAGACUUCAUGUUCCAGACUCUCAGAGACUUGAUAUGGCCAUCAAGUACAGCUGUAAUGAAUAUUUUAACAAGCUUUCUGAAGUGAGUUCAUUAUGACUUGAGUUAAAAACCAGUGUUACUAGGAUUGUAUAGUCCAGUGGUUCCCAAACUGUGCUCAGUGUGCACAGGUGACUCGUGGCUCUUGCAGGAAACUCCUAAACACUAUUAACUCGUAAGACUGAGGGUAGGCUUAAGUGGCUCCCCACUUAGAAGCUUGAUUCUAAAAAGGGCUCCAUGAUUAAAAAAUGCCAGGAACCAUUGGCUUAGUCAAUAGUGAAUGUUUCUUACUGUAUCAUUCGGUACAACAUUACUCAUAAAUAGAUAGGUAAAACAGAAGUAAUCAGAAGUAUUGGUAUUUAUGGAAGAACGUUAUAAAAUUUGAAAGUUAACUUUACUGUCUAUGCAGACUUCUGUGACAUCCUUAAUGUUAUGUAUCUAAUAUAUAUAAAUUAUCAGUCUUACUAAAUUAUCAUGAUGCAACUUCAAAAACAAAAGCUUUAUUUUACUCCACAUAAACGUAUCCAACAUUAAAAAUAGUUGUGAGCAGCUCAUUGGAUAAUAGUAAUUUAAAAUGUAUCAUUUCUUCAAGGCCAUCGAGGGUUGGGAAUUCGUGUCAGAUCUGAUCCUUCAGCGAGAGAAACUACUUAUCGACUUGGAAGAAUUUGAAAGACACGCUUUAGACCCUAAUCGAUUUUUCCAUAAAGGUGGGUAUCUAUUUAUUUUUUAUUUAAAAAGGUUUUUUAAAAAAAGAACUUGACAACACAACGUAGACAAACCAUAAUUUAUAAUAUAGAACAUAGAACAUUUUCAGGCAAGUUAUUAAUUUCAAUAAUCUAAGCUCACUGAUGAAAUAAACCAUUAAUUGUUGAACUUUUUUAUAACUCUGCAUGGAAAAAGUUUCUUUCAGUUUUUAGCUUUUUCAGAUAAUGUGACCUUGACUCAUCAAAGAUACUUUUUUUUUCUAAAGAUUCAAAGCAUGGAUAUAUUUAUGUAAGCGUUUAAAAAAAAUGUGUUUAUUGUUUUUUUGGCAGAUUCCAAGAAAAGCUCUAACAGACUGAAGGAGUCAAAACAUAGAGCCCAUCUCUAUAAGGUAUCUUCAUAUUUAUCACCUGUACCUUAUAGAGCCAGACUGUAGAUAUUAUGAAAUUUGAUUAUCUUAAAAGGAAAAACUUUAGUGUUUAUCUUUUCAAUUAUCUUAGUUACGAUUGUUCAUUACUUGAUGCCACAAAAAUCAGCAUUGUAAGGAAAUGUUUUAAUCAGCAUUGUAAGGAAGUGUUUUAAUCAGCAUUGUAAGGAAGUGUUUUAAUCAGCAUUGUAAGGAAGUGUUUUAAUCAGCAUUGUAAGGAAGUGUUUUUAUCAGCAUUGUAAGGAAGUGUUUUAAUCAGUAUUGUAAGGAAGUGUUUUAAUCAGCAUUGUAAGGAAGUGUUUUAAUCAGCAUUGUAAGGAAAUGUUUUAAUCAGCAUUGUAAGGAAGUGUUUUAAUCAGCAUUGUAAGGAAGUGUUUUAAUCAGCAUUGUAAGGAAGUGUUUUAAUCAGCAUUGUAAGGAAGUGUUUUAAUCAGCAUUGUAAGGAAGUGUUUUAAUCAGCAUUGUAAGGAAGUGUUUUAAUCAGCAUUGUAAGGAAGUGUUUUAAUCAGCAUUGUAAGGAAGUGUUUUAAUCAGCAUUGUAAGGAAGUGUUUUAAUCAGCAUUGUAAGGAAGUGUUUUAAUCAGCAUUGUAAGGAAGUGUUUUAAUCAGCAUUGUAAGGAAUUGUUUUAAUCAGCAUUGUAAGGAAGUGUUUUAAUCAGCAUUGUGAGGAAGUGUUUUAAUCAGCAUUUUAAGGAAGUGUUUUAAUCAGCAUUGUAAGGAAGUUUUUUCUAAUUCUUCCAGAAAAUUGAUACUUUGGACAGCGAAAUAAAAGAGGAAGUGGACUACAUCCACGACAAGUUUCAUGAUAUCAUAACAUUUAAGGUAAUUAACUUUGUAACUUUAAAAGGCUCAGAAGAUUUAGUAAUAAUCUGUUAAAUAUUCAUUACUCCUUUUAUACGAAGAAAUUUAUAACGCAGUGAAUAACUUUACUAACAAUAAAAUUGCAAGGUAUAAUCAAAAGUAAUGUUAAAAUAUUUUUAAAAAAUAAAUAAAUUUCAAGAAAUAUCUUAGCAAAACAAGUUCUUAUUUUAUUAGGAAAAAAUGUUAAAACAAGGAGUCAUUAUAAAGAACAUUAAAUAUGACAGUUAAACUUUAGUCUAUUUGGUGUGAUGUUAAAUACCAGCAACAAAUUUUGAUGCUCUAAUUGAAUUUUUGAUCGCAAUACCACUAAGCACCUAGACUCUCGACCACUUAAUUUACAAACAAUAAUUGAGAAAUAAAGCUCACAGUUAUGUUGAUUUUAAGAUUUUGAUUGAAAAAAAUAUAUCCAUUUUCAAAAUAAUUUUCAUUAGUAAUUUAUUUUUCAGGGUCGACCCUACACGGACAAGAUGAAGUGGGAUCGAACUGAAAUGUUGUAUUGGUUAUCAGAGGAACGGAAACAAAAUGGGUUAAAAUAUGAGCUCUAUACAAAGGGAAUUAAUCUACCUUUGAAAUCAGUACAGUUAAAACCAAUUGUUUUGGGGCAAACUUAGCUAGUAAAAACAAAAAGAGCCCUUUCUUAAGAUUUUACAUUUAAAAAUAAUCUAGCUCACAUGAUAAAAAUAAAAUAUGUGUUAAUCUAUAAGCUCAAUAAAUAAUCCUAUUAGAUGGGAUAUAUGGUUAUUUCAUGGGAUCGAUAAAUUAAUUUCAUGAAAAAUUGCUGACAGGAAAAUUUGAAAGUGUUACAGUUUAUAAAAUUCUGUCCUCCAACUGGAACAGACAAUUUAAUGAACUUAGACAUUUCUGACAUUUUAAUAUUUAAAAUAUAAAAAGUAAUGAUGAAGGAAAAGUGGAAAAUUCAAAACUUCAUUGUGAUUUAAUAUUUUUAAGCUAAAACGUAAGUUAGAAAGAUCACGUGAUCAUUAACAUGAAAUAAUUUUCUUCUUAACUUAAAUGUAAAUGGAAAACAAAAUAACAAAAUCCCUAAUUUAAAGUUAAAUACAGUCAAUGUACAUAAAAUUAAUAGAGAACAUGCAAAUAUGUAAUGGUCAAGAGAACAUGCAAAAAUGUAAUGGUCAAGAGAACAUGCAAAUAUGUAAUGGUCAAGAGAACAUGCAAAUAUGUAAUGGUCAAAAGAACAUGCAAAUAUGUAAUGGUCACUUACUUUGAUCGAUUGAAUUUUAAUUUUAAACAAAUUUUAAAAAGCUCUGAUCCAUUUGUGAUGUACCUUGUCUGACCCAAUUAUGAUGUACUUAAAUUUGAAUAUUAAUAUAACAAAACAAAUUGUUAUUGUGUUUUUUUCUUCAAAAGUUGCUGGAAUAAAUUUUAUGCAUGCCAUUUCAUGAUCAUUUAUGUAU